CCCACUUGUUUUUCCUUCCUCCUUUUUUAUAUCUGUGUGGGGUCUGUCCGAAAUGUACUCACCGACUCAGCAAGAAUUCAACCUGGAACCGACCGACCACUUUUCUCAAGCUUCCUUGGGCACACCACACACUACCGUGGGAGCGGUCCCUGUGGGACGCAGUAACCGAGUGUUCAACCCAUCUCAGUCUUAUCAAUUGCACCAGCGGCAAAAUAGCUUUGGUGCGGCUUCCAUAGCCAUCAGUCCUCCCAACGCCGCCACCGCAGGAAGGGGCAUUCCGUUCACGGAUCCCAACAACUCGGCAUGGUUUGGUACAUCCCUCGACUCGACGAGCUCAUCAUUUGGUCAGUCACCUAUUUUCGGGGGCAGAGACGUUAUUGUAUCACCCUCCACAUCGGCAAGCCAUUUGGACGGGUUUACAGGCACAGAGGAUGAUGAAAUGCAACAAAGAAAUUUACAAGAGAUAUUCGAGAAACGACGUCGACGACGGGAAUCCCACAAUGCCGUAGAAAGAAGACGACGUGACAACAUUAAUGAACGAAUCCAAGAAUUAUCGACACUAUUGCCUGAACAUCUACUUGAAACGGCGCCGACCACGUCGAAUGUGAUGGCGGUCGCGGGAGCGCAAAAUGGGGCAAAUGGAAAGGCUAUCAACAAAGGCACCAUUCUGAAACUGUCAGUGGAUCACAUCAAAGAAUUGCGUGAGGAAGUGGUGCGAUACAAGGAAAAAAUUCAGGAAUUGGAACGCAUGGUGGAAGCCGCUAAACGGGGAGAAUUCAUUGACGACAGCCAUCUCGACCAAAAAUACGCACAGCAACCAAGAUUAUCCAAAGCCGAUCCCUUUUUCACUCAACCGCAGUCACUUUCUUCCCACCCACCACCACCGCUUCAUUCAUCAUCCCAGUCUCAACAUCCUCAUCAACAGCAACAGUCGCAACAGCAACCAUCAGCCGUUCACUUGAUGGACACUACGCCUCGUCCAAGGCACGAACGUAUGGGAUCGUUACAGUUCCAGCAACAGUUUGUGAAUAUGCAUAUUGGGGGUGGCCCUGAUGAUACUAGGCAAGCGUAGAAAAAAUUCAUCGUCCAUUUCUACUUGUGCCAUUUUUGAUUUUUUUUUCUUUAUAAAUACGUAUCUUCUGCCAUUAUUUCUGAUCCGCGCACAUGAUCUGAUCACACUGGAUCGACGAUUUUCUACUAACGUCAAUUUUUUUUGUUUAUGUAUGGAUACGCUUAUAUAAUUAAUGGGAAUACAUUUGUUUUCUUAUUCUAUGUAUCAAAACGUGUCAUCAAAUAUUCGGUGGUUCAUACACAAUAACUUUUUGCGCUGAAAUCCGACGCAUAAACUGAAACAGCCGCUUGGGGGUGGG